UGUUAAAAGACGGCCUUGGCCACGAGUUGUGCUGGAAAGUUCAUGUCUCCAGAAAAGGUCAUUCAUCAUGUCUGAUUUCUUAAAUGAAUCCACUUCUGUGGCUCCACUGCCUGCCGACGAUAUUCUGUCAUCCGUGCGGAUUGGCAAAGUCAAACAACUGGGACCAGGGUCUGUGACUUCAGCCAUCGAGAAGUCACCAUGUGCGGGCAGGGUGUAUGUCACCAACCAGGGCAUAACUGGCGAUGAACAAGCGUACGAACACCAUGGUGGGGCCGAUAAAGCCUUGCAUCAAUACUUCGAUGAGUCCAACACCUGCAUCGGCGAUAUCCUUGAGAUCGGUUCUGAAGGCGUUCUAGUCCAAGUCAGUGAGCCCCGACAGCCAUGUUUCAAGCUAAAUCGCCGCUUUGAGUUUGCGCAAGCUUCAAUCCGAACGCAAACGACCAGACGGACUGGGUGGUAUCUGCGCGUCUUGCAACCGGGUUUCAUACAGGCUGGCGAUCGUAUUCGAUUAGUACGUCGAAUCAACCCCAGAUGGUCAAUUAGCGAAGUGGGGAAAAUCCUCUGGGAGGACCGAAGGAAUAUCGAGUCAUUGAAGGAACUCAGUGACCUGCCUGGGCUUGGCAGAGAGAUUGCACAGGUAUUUCGCCAGCGCCUUGCCACUCGAGAGGAGGAGGAUAUGCUGUUUCGUCUAAACGGCGAGGCGUCAAUGUGGGAGGAGCCAAGGAGUUGUGGAGCAGCCAAGACAGUGAACUUGGUCAUUCUUGUCAAAGUGUUUCUCUUCGUUGGGAUUGUGUUUGGGUUAUGGAUAGUACUUAGGCGGGUUGUGGUCCAUCUAGAGAUCAAGGACUAUCGGGACAUUGUAAAUAGUGAACUGUGAGAAUAAAAGAGAAGAUGCCACCGAGCAUUGUGGGGUGAAGAGGCGGUUGAAGCCGUGGGGUUUUUGGACUGGUUGCUGUAGAGGAGUGGGUGUAACC